AUGUUGUGGAAAAUAACCGAUAAUGUCAAGUAUGAAGAGGACUGCGAGGACCGCCAUGACGCGAGCAGCAAUGGGAACCCGCGCCUCCCGCACCUCUCCUCCGCGGGACAGCACCUCUACAGCUCCGCGCCGCCCCUCUCCCACGCGGGGGUCGGGGAAUACCAGCCGCCCCCCUACUUCCCUCCUCCCUACCAGCAACUCGCUUACUCACAGUCGGCCGACCCCUACUCGCACCUAGGAGAAGCCUACGCCGCUGCCAUCAAUCCACUGCACCAGCCGGCGCCCACGGGCAGCCAGCAGCAGGCCUGGCCGGGCCGCCAGGGCCAGGAGGGCACCGGGCUGCCCUCACACCACGGGCGCCCGACCGGCCUGCUGCCGCCGCACCUCACGGGCUUGGAGGGAGGUGCCGUGGGCGCCCGCAGGGAGGCCUACCGCCGCUCAGACCUGUUGCUGCCUCAUGCACACCCGCUGGACACUGCAGGCCUGGCCGAGAACUUGGGACUCCACGACAUGACACAUCCGAUGGAGGAAGUGCAGAACGUUGAGGAUCAGCACUUGGCCUUGCAUGAUCAGACUGUCAUCCGCAAAGGUCCUAUUUCCAUGACCAAGAACCCCCUGAGUCUCCCCUGCCCGAAGGAGCUGGGGGGGGCCCUGAUGAACCCCAGUGAAGUCUUCUGCUCUGUCCCGGGAAGGCUGUCCCUACUCAGCUCCACUUCGAAAUACAAAGUGACGGUGGCUGAAGUCCAACGACGCCUCUCGCCUCCGGAAUGUUUAAACGCCUCCUUACUGGGGGGUGUUCUCAGGAGAGCCAAGUCGAAGAAUGGGGGCCGAUCGCUGCGGGAGAAACUGGACAAGAUCGGGCUGAACCUUCCUGCGGGCCGUCGUAAAGCUGCUCAUGUGACUCUCCUAACAUCCCUCGUAGAAGGUGAAGCUGUCCAUUUGGCGCGGGACUUUGCUUACGUCUGUGAAACCGAGUUUCCUAGUAAACCUGUAGCUGAGUACUUGACUCGACCGCACUUAGGAGGACGGAAUGAGAUGUUAGCGCGGAAGAACGUGCUUCUAGCCGCCCAGCAAGUGUGUAAGGAAUUCACGGACCUCCUCAAUCAGGACCGAACACCCAACGGCAACAGUCGGCCCACCCCAGUCUUGGAGACAAACAUACAGAACUGCCUGUCGCAUUUCAGCCUCAUUACCCAUGGAUUCGGGAGCCAGGCCAUCUGUGCCGCCAUGUCCGCUGCCCAGAACUAUAUCAAGGAAGCUUUGAUCCUAAUAGAGAAAUCAUACCUGAACUCUGGAGAACAGAGCCCCCCUGACUCCAACAAGACCCUGGAGAAAAUGGAGAAGCACCGGAAAUAA